AUGGCUGUUACUUGGAAGCUCUCGUCGACCGCGGUUCGGCGGCCAGCGCUGAGGAAUCCCCGCACCAUUGCAACCACCCGACUCCGUCUUCAACAACGGAGCUUGGCAACCGUUCCGUUCAGUCUGCCCGCCCCUCGAAAUGAGCCAAAUCCUACAUACACAAGAGGCUCUCCCGAGCGCCAGAAGCUGGAGGAAGCACUCGCAAAGCUGCGUUCCCAACUUCCCGCGCGGAGCGACAUCUACUACAAUGGCAAAGUGCAAAAGUCGGCAAAGUCGGAAGAUCAAGUGAUGCCCUCGGAGCACAAGACGAUCUUCACCAACUACCCGCUGGCUACCGAGGAGCAGGUCUCAACGGCCAUCGAGUCAGCGCUGAAGGCAAAGACCGAGUGGCAGGAAACCCCUUUCGUUGACCGAGUUGCCAUUUUCCAGAAGGCGGCCGAGCUGGUGACAGGAAAAUACCGCUACGAGCUCAUCGCGGCCACGAUGCUGGGGCAGGGCAAGAACGUGUGGCAGGGCGAGAUCGACGCCGCGGCCGAGCUGGCCGAUUUCUUCCGCCUGAACUGCAACUGGGCCGGAGAACUGCUGGCGAGGCAGCCGGAGCGCGGCAGCGACGGCAUGUGGAGCCGCCUGGACUACCGUCCCCUCGAAGGCUUCGUCUACGCCAUCUCCCCCUUCAACUUCACCGCCCUCGGCGGCAGCCUCAUCUCCGGCCCCGCCCUGAUGGGCAACGUCGUCCUCUGGAAGCCAUCCCAAUACAACAUCUACGCCAGCACGCUCAUCUACCAAAUCCUCCUCGAAGCCGGCCUCCCACCCAACGUGAUCCAGCUCAUCCCCGGCGACGCCGAGUCCGUCACCUCCGUCGCGCUCGCACACCGCGCCUUCGCAGGGCUCAACUUCAUCGGCUCGUCGUCCGUGUUCCGCGGCCUCUGCGCGCGCAUCGGCGACGGCGUCGGCCAGCACCGCUACCGCGAGUUCCCGCGCGUCGUGGGCGAGACCAGCGGCAAGAACUUCCACCUGCUGCACGCCUCCGCCGACGUGCCCGGCGCCGUCCACCACACCAUCCGCGGCGCCUUCGAGUACCAGGGCCAGAAGUGCUCGGCGACGUCGCGCGCGUACGUGCCGCGGUCGCGCGCGGACGAGUUCGUCGCGCUGCUGAGGGCGGGCGUGGGGGCGAUCGCGCAGGGGAGCCCGGACGGGGAUUUUGAGGCGUUCAUGGGGCCGGUGAUUCAUAGGAGGGCGUUUGACAGGAUCAAGGGCGUCAUUGAUGCGAGUAAUGCGGAUGCGUCGGUGAAGCUGCUGGCGGGCGGCACGUAUGAUGAUAGCGUUGGGUUCUACGUGCGGCCGACGGUGUACCAGGUCGAUUCGCCCGAGCACAGGUUGUUCAACGAGGAGAUCUUUGGGCCCGUCCUCGCGGUGCACGUGUAUCCUGAUGACGAGUGGAGCGAGAUUCUGAAGAGCGUGGAUCGGAACGGUGGUGGGUUGGCGCUGACGGGUGCGGUGUUUGCGCAGAGCCGCAAGGCGGUGCGGGAGGCGGAGGAUGCGUUGAGGUACUCGGCGGGUAACUUUUAUAUCAACUGCAAGACUACGGCGGCGCUGAUCGGCCAGCAAUCGUUCGGCGGCGCCCGUUCGAGCGGCACCAACGACAAGGCUGGCAGCUCCGACGUCCUGCGCCGCUUCACCAGCCCGCGGUUGAUUAAGGAAGAGUUCUUCCCGGUCACUGGGUUCAAGUACCCGAGCAACCACUAA